GGUUCAUUCAUUGCACCUCUGCACCUCUACAGCUGUGUUUGCUAAUGGCUAGAUUCACGUUCAGUACCCGCCAUCACACGAAAUUCCCAUCAGGUUUCAUUUAAUCAGGGAAUCACCCACUCGUGAAAUGCACCAAAGGGUAAACAGGAGGCCUAAUGUCACUCUGGAGACACAGUGCAGACAAAGACUGGGAUGAUGUGAACAGCCCCGCCACCCUUCUCAUCGCUACACGGAACAUAACAGUGUUCGCGUGCUCGUGCUUGCCUGCUUAAACUCUGCGGGUUUCUCUAGCACCUUUACAGUUCUUACGUAUAAAUUUAAUAGACACUGUCUUCUUUCUUCCACUUUAGUUCGUUGUCGUAAACUUUUACGUUUGACGUACUUUUAGACGCCCGCCAUAAUUUACGUCAGAGUUGGGCGUGUGUGGCGUGGCGGCGCGUCACGUGUGGGAGUGUUGGCACCCCCUCCGAUGCAGUGGUGAGAUCUCCCUGAAGGCGGCGACGGAGGCUGCCUCCUGCGAGUGGCACCAUCUGUUGGCCGCCGCCCGAACUCGGUGCCGUUAGUUCUUCCGGUGGUCGCGGGGCGGCACUGGCACCGCGGUCCUUCUCAGGAAAAGUCAAUAUCUGCGCAAGGCUCACAACGAGUCGGGAGCUCUCGGCGGGAGGAGGUGCGUGCCGCGUCCGUGUUGUCGGAAUACUUUGCUCGUGCUCGAAGCAGAGGACGUGGUGGUGGCGACCCGAGGGUGACCCGUCGGGGAUAUGUAAGGCCACGACCUCACGGGUGGAGCCUCAGCUGCCAGCUAUGGACUGUGUCGCCAGCCAGCCAUGAGGUGGUGUGCGGCGCGACGGGUAUGUGUGUGGCUGUGGAGCACGGCAGCCGCCCUCGCUCUGUGGGCCCCCAGGGGCUGCGCGGGCGGGCGUACAAGCGAACACCUGGACAACGUGACCCAGACCAUCGAGACUCUGCUGCACGGCUACGACAUCAGGCUCAGGCCCAACUUUGGCGGUGAGCCUUGCUACAUCGGCAUGGACAUCACCAUCGCCUCUUUCGACUCCAUCUCAGAAGUGAACAUGGACUACACCAUCACCAUGUACCUCAACCAGUACUGGAAGGACGAGCGGCUCGCCUUCAGCUCCAGCGACGAGCUCCUCACCCUGCCCGGGGACUUCGCCGAGAAAAUUUGGGUCCCCGACACUUUCUUCGCCAAUGACAAAAGCAGUUACCUGCACGACGUGACGGAGAAGAACAAGAUGGUGAGGCUGCACGGUGACGGCUCCAUCACGUACGGCAUGCGCUUCACCACUACGCUAGCUUGCAUGAUGGACCUCCACUACUACCCACUCGACACCCAGAACUGCACCGUCGAAAUAGAGAGUUACGGCUACACUGUGGACGACGUGGUGAUGUACUGGAAGGAGAUACCGGUGGUGGGCGUGGAGGAGGCCGAGCUGCCGCAGUUCACCAUUAUGGGCUAUGAGGCGAACGACCGCACCGAGUCCCUGGCCACUGGGGUGUACCGUCGCCUCUCCAUCAGCUUCAACUUGACCAGGAACAUCGGCUACUUCGUGUUCCAGACAUACCUGCCCAGCAUCCUCAUCGUUAUGCUGUCUUGGGUCUCCUUCUGGAUAAACCACGAGGCCACGUCCGCUCGCGUUGCCCUUGGCAUCACCACCGUGCUCACCAUGACCACCAUCAGCACGGGCGUCAGGUCCUCGCUGCCCAGAAUCUCAUACGUGAAAGCCAUCGACAUCUACCUGGUGAUGUGCUUCGUGUUCGUGUUCGCCGCCUUGCUGGAGUACGCCGCCGUCAAUUACACGUACUGGGGCCAGCGGGCGAAGAAGAAAGCCAAGAAGAUGAAGGAGAGUAAUGGCCAGCAGAACAAGCAGUCGCCAGCCAUCAAGGCGGACGGGGUGUCGACCAACGAGGAGAUCAUUGAGCUGCAGGAUAUCCGCAUGUCACCCAUCCCAUCCAUCCGGCAGCGGCACAAUUCCAAGUUCUUCCCCAGCGAGAGCUCCAUGCAGGACCACAAGUUCCCGCCCUCGUUCCGCAUCAAUCGUAACUACUCGUUCCCGACUCGCUCCAGCGUCCACACCCCGCGCGCCCCCAACAGGAAGCGGGUCAUCUCCUCCAUCAAGAAGGGCGCCUCUGCCAUCAAGGGCGCCAUCCCCACCAUCAAGGACGUGAACAUUAUCGACAAGUACUCGAGGGUGGUGUUCCCGCUGUCGUUUGUCUUCUUCAACACAGUGUACUGGUGCUUCUAUGUGCUCUAGAGGCGAGGAGGGGGUGGUCAAGGUCUGGAUCUGCCCUGCCCCUUCCUCCACUCCCCUCCUCCUCACCCCCACCCACCAAGGUAUAUUUGCUGGAGGCUUGCGUUCCCUGCUGUAUUCCUCCACCCGCUCAGCCCGACGCGUCCCUGCCGGUGUGUUCCCCAUGAGUCGUCGCCUCGUGUCGUAUGGCCAGGAACUACUGUUGUGAUAUGAGCCGCCCCGUUCCCUACCCAUCGCCCCGCUCAGUGACCCGCCCCGCACACACACACUGUCAGCUCGGCGCCUCCAGUGUGGUCUCGGAAGGGGAUGGGCCUAGCCUGGCUCCACGCCACCCCCCCGCCCCUUGGUGCUCAGGUCUUCCCGCCGGUGUAGUGAUCAGGACCUGCGCGGAAACAUGUGCAGCAGCAGCAGCAGCAGCAGCAGCGAGGACAAAAGCUUUUAACUGUGCUCGCGACUCCAAGGAACCGCUGCUGCCCUGCGCUGCCACCACCCCCCCCCUUCCACCACACACUGCAGCACCGCCUGGCCACCACCACAGCCGCACCAGCGUACAGCCUUCCCCAGACUCACCUUCUCAUUGAAAUUAAAGUUCUCAAAUCCCGUGCAGUGCGUGUACUCGUAUGUUGGUGCCACUGAACAUUCCUCCCAGAAAGAAAACUGAAAAGAAAAAAGAUCCUUUGUGUCCUCGACUCCCCCUGUUAAAAUUGCCAUACAUUGAUAUGCACCUGCUGCAUGUGCACUCCAUGGAGCGCCAGGGAGGCCCGAUAGUGUGUCAGAAUAGUUGGCGAGGCGCGGCCUAGUCCGUGGCUGGUGACAGUAGCAUGACGUGGGGCGUGCGUGGCGGCUCAGGCACCACUUCACCUCAAGCUGCCAGUCAUAAUACAUUCUGAGGCGCCCCACGUAAAAGACAUUUUUUUCCUUCUGUUCUUUCCUUUCUAAUGAGUGUAUGUCCAUGUGUGGUCAGUCAAAGCUGCAUGGCCCCGUCAAUGUCUCGGCCUGACCUGGCACGGCCUGGCCUGGAUGUGCCAGACCCCGCCAGCCGUCACGUCCACCAGGAGUCGCGUGUCAACAUCCGCGGGAGGGAAGGUGCUCGGGGAUCAUCUUACGCGCAUCAUGUGCAUAACAAACAACAAGGAUGAUACAUGGAAUUCAAAAUUCGUAAAAUAUCCAACAAUUGUCCUAAGUCGAUGAGCGAUGAGCACUUGCGGCAGGAAAGCAUUGUACUGUCAGGUGUUGCCAAUCUCGGGUGACGCACCAACACUAUGUUAUGUACAGACACAGACAUUCUACAGGGUACAGUGUACCGCGUACACGUCUCGUUUUAUGAAAGGUUUUAAAACUACGCGUGUACAGCGAUGCCAUUCUGAUAUUUGCAUUGUUGUGACAAAUUAAUUGCUUAGCUAACCGUGGGAAAGUUGCCACUGAAAUCAUGUUGGCUGUCGCCAUGCGUGUGUCGCGUGGCCCUGGGUGCCGCGACAUGCGGGAGACCCACCGCCACACGGAUGGAUGCACCUCACCAUCCCCUCCCUCCCUUCCUCCCUCCCCUCCUUCCUCACCCACCCAUCUGCUCCUCAGCGCGGGUCUCAGGCUAGUGGUCGACCAGAGAAGAAAGGCAAGUAUUAUUAGCUCGUACUCGUAGCGGAUGAGUCGCCGACUUAUACUCCCCACCGACGCGCGUGGUCACCCUCAUAGCGGCAGAAUAAAUGCUGUUUCAUGUGAUAAUACUCGACGCAGUUUACUCGCUUGCUUAGGCUUCCCUUUUUUCCCUCCCUUUCUCCCUCGUCCCCUCCCUCGUUCCCUCCACUCUUUCGCGUAGACACGCUUAUAUAUAUAUUUAUUGCGUACAUUUGGCAGACGGUAAUGCUUCGACACGCUCGAAGUUGUGGUGAUGCCAAAUAUUUGUGUUCAUACAGUGUGCAGUAGUGUGUUCUGAGAGCUCAGCUGAACCACGACAGUUGACGAGGCUCUCUUUAUCUUGUUGAUGCUAAUUAUUAAGUGCAUUUUUUCGUCAGUUUCAUGAUUUUCAUCACAGGUACAUUUAACAUCUUCAAUUUUCACCAGUCAGAUGAUAGGCUUAACAAACCAGCGACGCGGCGUCACCCUCACCCAGGCGAAGUGCGGCUUGGCCCUCUGAGCGCUCGCCCUCGCCUUGGGAUGCGCCGGGCUCUCUUGGCUAGCAGAGGUGACCUAGCUGAGCUGCAUACUGUAAUUUAAAGUGUGGCUAAGCACACACAAACAAAACACACACACACACACACACACACACACACACACACACACACACACACACACACACACACACACACACACACACACACACACACACAGUGACCCACUGUGGUAUCUAAAUAGCAACCCGAACAAGAAGCGACGCACUCGGUAGCGGCAACAUGCAGGCUGUGUCCUCCCUGGGCUGUGCCAGGAUUGCCUUGGCUCCCCGCGGCCGGUCAGCUCGAUUACCGCGGCCUGAUAUUCAGUGCUGCUCGAGCUACCGCGGGGACUCACGGCGCCACCUGCGCAGAGAGCCACAGUGGGUGCCACACUCAUCUCGUAGCUCACCAAGUGUGCGUCGUUCGGGAAUGAAAAGCUAAAUAAAUACAGCAUUGUAUCAAAUAUAAAGGGUCAUACAUCUUUACAUAUCAGAAAACACGAGAGCUUACAUGAAUUAUACUGCUUUUAUAAAGAAAAGUAUAUAAUUUUGCCAUAGUUGUUAAUUACCUGCAGAGCAGUACAGUGAUAUGUGUAGCAUUUUAUCAAUUCAUUUUGAUGCCGCAUUGAUCUCCCAUAAGUAUUAUUGUUAAAAUAUUCUUUCUUGCUCACGUUUGAUAUUUUCAACUCAAAAGUUAGUUUUUUCAUAAAUAAUCAACACAGUUAAAUCGGACGUUUUUGUCACUUCGCAAGACAACAUUGGAAGACACAAGGGUGUGGAUUGUUGGUGAGAGGCGAGCGGCGCGGCCCGGCAUGUGGAGGCCGAGGCUGACCCGGGUGCUCGAGGACUCGGCAAAAUUCAUACAGCAUACAAAGUGUAGCGUCUGCGUCCUGCACGUCGAGGAACACAGUCAUCGUUACAGUACAUCCUGCACUGUUACAUACAUUUCUUAUCCCGCGGAAGCGAAGGAGCGUCGCGUCACGUGCCGCGCGUCUUGCUCGUGGAGGUGAUUGCACCUCCACGCAGGCAAGUCAGUCGUUGUUCGCUGUUGUGCUCCGGACAGACCGAGUCAAGCGUCGUGCUACCUCUGCUCACCCGUUGACAGACAGACGUCUCCGCGCCUGCAGCCUCCGGUGCAAACUGACACCCUUGGUUCGCUUGGGGGACAAAAUCUGGGUAGGAAAUACGGGAACUGUCGCCGGAGACCUCUUACAGUAUUCUCAGACGUAAUAGGGAUUAUAUUUGUGUCCUAUUACACAGAUAUAUAUAUAUAUAUAUAUAUAUAUAUAUAUAUAUAUAUAUAUAUAUAUAUAUAUAUAUAUAUAUAUAUAUAUAUAUAUAUAUAUAUAUAUAUAGUCACACACACGAGUACAUACUAUACAUAUAUUGUAUGGUGGGAAGAGUUUGCGUUGCAUUAAGGAAUUACUAUGGUUUACUACUAUAGGCUAUAGCUCAGAGUAUGGCAUUACCCGCUGUAUGGUAGUUGUUGGUAGCCUCUUAUCCUAGUGCAAUUAUUUCCCCAUUCAGGUAGGAAUCAGUCAGCAUAUUAUUAAUUAACAUAAUCUGACUUUGUAGUUUCAUGCCAUUUUAGGUCGUCUAUCUGGACACUGUUUGAAGCGGAAGCCACCAGUUAGCAUUAUGUCAUCCGGUAUAUUUCUUUGUAGCAUAAACUUAAAUGAUGUACAUAAGAUGUCAAAAGAACAGUGACAAUAUACGUAUAAUUUUUUAUUGUU